AUGCUCAAUAAAAACUUGCAUAAAAAUUAUAAACCUACAGAAAAUAUAACAGUAGACGAACAAUUAUUUCCUUACAGAGGACACACAAAAUUUACACAGUACAUUCCAUCUAAAUCUGCAAAAUAUGGAAUAAAGGUUUUUUGGGCUUGCGAUGCAGCAAAUGCUUACCCUUUGCAUGGUAAAAUUUACACAGGCAAAUCACAAGAUGGUAAACGUCAAGUAAAUAUUGGUGAACGUACAGUUCUAGACUUAGUUGCGAUGUAUAAAGGUUCUGGACGAAAUGUGACUACAGACAACUUUUUUACAAGUAUGCAAUUGGCUACUACAUUAAACUCUUGGAAUAUGACAUUGGUUGGUACUGUCAGAAAAAAUAAAAGAUUCUUGCCUCCCAAAAUGCUUCCAUCAAAAGCCAGAGCGUUACAUUCUACAAAUUUUGUAUUUAGAAAAGAUUUAACUCUUUGUUCUUAUGUUCCAAAAAUAAAUAAAUCGGUUAUUCUUUUAUCUGCAAUGCAUAUGACAGCCGACAUAAUGCAAGCUGCUACCGCUAAACCAGAAAUUAUAAAAUAUUAUAAUCUGACAAAAGGAAGAGUAGAUACAAUGGAUAAAAUGUUAACAGAAUACACAGUAAAGCGAAGAACUAAUCGUUGGCCACUUGCAUUUUUUUUCAACAUGAUUGAUAUUGCUGCUUUAUCUGCAUAUAUUAUAUAUAUGGAACACAAUCAAAGGUUUAACACAACUGAUCGACGCCGAAAAUUUUUAAAAGAGCUUGUAAAUUAG